CAUCCAAACUAAGGGUGGGUCAUCUGCCUCACAGUUUCUCUCUGCUUCUUGUCAGCUUGGUUGUCCUGCAUGGUGACAGCCAUAGUCCCAACCAAACACGAUGGCAUCCGAGGCACUCUGUAAAGUGGGAGAUGGGGAAGAGAUCAUCAUGCUAAAGAAGGAAAGCCUCAGUGCCAGGGAUGCAUUUGACCAACUGCCCAAGCCCUUCCCAAACCCCAAGUCUAUGAACCGGACGGUCACUACCAAAGGACUCCCACUUUCUUCAAGAGGCAGCUUGGUGAACUGCAUGGAGAGAGACGACAUCAAUCUAUCGAAGCCGAUGCCAAUGGAAGAUUCUGAAUGCAGCUCUGAUGACACCAGCAUCACCCCCAUGUCGAGAACCUUGUUGAAUCCCAUCAAGCUGGCUGUGACCCAACCCAACAGCAGCUUCUUUGCAGGCAUGCUGGAGGGUGAGCUGAACAAACUCAGCUUAUCCUCGCUGGCCAAGAAUACAGAAAAGGGAGGGGACCUGGCCCUCUGCCCCAACCCAUCUAAGUCCCAAUUGGCUCCCGGGGGCUUGCUGGACCUUGACAACCCUGCGCUGGACACGGACACCUCCUCAACGUACUCAGAAUGCUCUGUGGUCAUGGACCUGCCGGAGGCCCCCUUCAUCUAUGAGCACACCGUCAGCGAUUCCACAGCUGUGAUUUCCUGGACAUAUGCCUUGGGCAAGCAGCAGGUCAGUUUCUACCAGGUCCUGUUACAGGAGGUGGCCAAGCAAAACAACAAUCUGUCCUCCAAGACCGUGAACCAUCCUUGGAUCUUCAACAAGAUCUUAGGCACUACAGUCAAGCUGAUGGAGCUGAAGCCUAACUCGAGCUACUGCCUCACCGUCCGCGCGGUCAACGCGGCCGGAGCGGGAAAGUGGUGCAAGCCCUACAAAUUUGCAACUGUGGCCACCGACUUCAACAGCUUCCCUGAGAACAACCCCAUCCAGAUCACAGUGCAGCGCAAGGAACCCCAGCGGAAAACUGUGUCCAUUGGGCUGGAGGAGAUGCGGAGGGUAGAGGACCUGGAAUACCUAUUUCCCUAUUAAGGGGGAAGAUGCCCCCCACCUACCUUCAGCUUCAGUCCAGGGCCCUUGGGAUCCAGAUCCAUGAGAUGUACUGUACCACCAGCACUAGGCCAGGGAACCACUGACCAUCCUGUUGCCCAAGGCCUGGCUGCAGUGGGACUGGAACCCCACCCCUGGGCUGGGGCCAAGGAUAGCCAGCAGCACUUCACCUGAGACAUCCCAGGCCAGGCCAGGCCUGGUUCUUUCCUGCCCAUGCUGCUAGGCUCCUUCCCUCCCCACACCUGGGCUGGGUCCAGGUCCCUCAUUAAAGACCUGCAGGCCAUCCAGCACUCAAAUUCUGCUUCCUGC